CUGCAGAUGUAGCAGUGCAAUUAAUGGAGACAAAUUUGGUUGAUGAGGCUGUAUAUACAAUAGUGAUUGAUGAGGAUGAAGAUACAAUAAUAGUUGAUAAUGCUGUAGAUUCAAUAGUUGAAUCAACGGAAAUAAAUGUAAACGAUGAUAAAGCCUCUAUAUUGCAAUAUUUGCAUUUGAGAUAUCAAGGUUGGACCAAAAUAAAUUCAAGUACGACAAUUGCUGGGUCAUUAGGCUAG